AUGGAAGUGAGACAUGGAGCGUUGUCUACUGCUAAUGAGAAUUAAUGGGUCAUCAUAGCUUCUGCCAUGUCAUCACUCUCGUCUUGUCAAAUCAACGCCAUUCAUCAUCAUCACCACCAUGCAUGGCAGACAUAA